UUCCAGGCAGAAAGAAGAAGAAAUGUUAUAACAGAGCAGCAAGUCCCAUGAUCCUAGCUAACAGGUGGUAUGGCUGUGACUGCUGAGGUGGAGAGUCCUCAAAGAGCCUACUCUACUUUCUAUCUAUCAGUGGGAGUCUGUAAGACCAGUAUUAUAAUGAUCAGCUACCAUGUAUUGAAAGGCUAUUUCACCAAGGGAGUCUCGCUCUGUCGCCAGGCUGGAGUGAAGUGGCACAAUCUCAGAUCACUGCAACCUCUGCCUCCCAACUUCAAGCACUUCUCCUGCCUCAGCCUCCCGAGUAGCUGUGACUACAGGGAAUUAAACUUAGGGUCUCUCACCUGAGCAUGGAGUGGAACUGGGCAUAUAAGAAAGGCUAUGUGAAUACAUAGCAAGAGGGUAACCCCUGCAAAUCAAAGGAAGAGCCUCACUAGACACCAACAUGGUGAGCACCUGAAAUUCCAGUCAUCAGAACUGUGAGAAAAUAAACUUGUUAUUUAAGCCACCCAAUCUGUGGUAUUGUUAU